AUAUUAAUGACUAGAGUCUGGAGGAGAAGCAUAACGUGGUUAUCAAGGGAAACUGAAUCUGUAUUUGUAUUUGGGUUUUGUGAGAUUUUGUGGGGCUUUUGAUGGGUUUGUUCUCAUUCUUCUUCUUUUUCAAGAUUUUCUUUCUAUUGAAUUGUUUUAGACAAUAAAACUUGGAACUUUCCGUCUGGGUUCCUUCACCAAUUUCAUUUCUACUGUGGGUUUCAUUUUUUUUUCUUCUUCAAUUUUCGAUUCCAAUUCCUUAGAUUUCUUAUUCAGACAAGGUGUUUUGAUUUGGACAUUGGAGUAAGGUUUAACAGUGAAAGUUUACUAGUUUCUUCAUGGAGUUCCGUUCCAGGAAGUGGGUUUUUUUUAGUUCUUGAAAAGUAUUUUCUUCUUUUUCUUUUUUGUGGGAUUUAUCUUGUGAGAGAGGAUUAAAAAUAUGUCUGGUGGGACACCAGUUGCUGGUGGAUAUAUGAGGCAAAGGCAUAGUCAAGGAUAUGGAUCAGGCAAUGAGGACCUUGAAGAUGAUGCAUGUUCUAGGUUACAGCCUCUGUCACCAGAAACUCUGAGAACUAGAACUUGGACUGAGAUUCUGGAGAAUUUGCUCUGGAUUGCUUCAGCAAUCUUCAUAAUCUACUUUGGUGAUAGGCACUCCAAUUUGAUAUAUCUGCUCUGGCACGACGAGCGAAUCAGAAGAAUGCCUUUGUACCUUGGCUUAACUGGAAUUGGAUUGGAUGUUGCCCUCUUCUUUUAUACAAGUAUGUUAUCAUGGAGUGUGAGAAGGUUCGACGAUAAGUGGGAAUUCUUGUGCAUCAUUGCUUUUCCAUUUCUUACCUUGCUCGGACUUGUCUCGUUUUGCUUGCUUUGCUUUGCGUUGUGGCCUAUUUGGGGUUUCUUGACCUUUCCUCUUCUGUUCACACUCUUUAUGGCUGGCCUAGUUCUAUACCCUCAUAUCAUGAUCGAGACAUUGAGGCCACAAAACGAUUCUUUCCGUAUAGACUAAGCAUUCCGGUAUAAAGACAGUACUGACUUACAUGAAGAUAGAAUCUAAACAGAUAGUUGGCAGCAUCAGCUAUUGCCUGGAAAGUGUUUCUUUUAGGAUUCUGACUUAGCUUCUCGUCACAGUUUCUCUCCUUUGGUGUGUCGAUGAAUGAUGAUGUGGCUGAUUGUCAUGAAUUAGACUCAUCUCUUAUACCUUGCCUCGAUAGUGCUUGAUUCACCUUGUUAUUGCAUCUUAGGAUUUCGAGUACAACGAUCGAAUACCAGAGGGAAGGUCUAUUUGACUGUUAAGUUUGAGUUCAUGUGAUGGUAUCGAGGUAUCGUUUGGAUAGAUAGACAUGAUUGUUCUUUCAGAUGAAAUUCUUUUGUAGUGAAGCACAUCUCUUUCCCUGUGUUUUCUUUUCCGAAACAAAGAGGAUAUAAUGGAACGAGUGUCAUUUUCUACUGCAGCAGUUUUAGCUCAUUUGUUAUU